GUGCGAUAAAGACAGAUUAUAAGCAACAAGACAGCCAUUCUUUUCUAAAAAGAUUCAUACUGAACACGUUUUACUUGUGCUAGUUGUUAAGUGUUAAUAAGUGAGCGCCAAUUGAACGUAUUAUUUAAGCUGUCAUUUGUAUUACACUUAUUCACAAUCGAGAAUUCAAGAUUAAGAGGUGGACCCAGUGUUAAAGUCAUUUAUUCAUUAAUUUCUAUUACUCCAAAAUAAAUGUCGUUUGUUGUUUAUGACGAAAGACAAUCAAUGAUAUGAAUCAUCAGCCAUCAUUUGUCAACUUCUAAAUGAGAUAAAAAAACGAACACGAAUCAUGAUUAAGUGAUGAUUUCCUAUAAAAUUUAGUAGUUAUUAAUCAUUUAUUAAAAAGAUAUGGAAAAUGAAGCAUCAGGAGGUAGAGAAGCUAAUAAAAUUUGUGGUGUAUGUGGAGAUCGUGCUCUAGGAUUUAAUUUUAAUGCUUUAUCAUGUGAAAGUUGUAAAGCAUUCUUUAGAAGAAAUGCCUUAAAAAAUAAGGAAUUUAGGUGUCCUUUUUCACAAAAUUGUAAUGUGACACCAAUCACAAGAAGGUUCUGUCAAAAAUGCAGAUUAGAAAAAUGUUUCAGUAUUGGUAUGAGAAAAGAAUAUAUUAUGACAGAGGAAGAUAAAGUAUUAAAGCGUCAGAAAAUAGAACAAAACCGGGCAAAGAAGAGAUCAUCUGAUGAACCUAGGGGGCCUAAAAUGAAGCGGGAAGUAAUAGAAGACCCUAAUUAUGACGAAACAUCAGUCUCUGUGACUUCAAUAGCCUCGACAGUAUCUGAAACAUAUUUUUGGGAAUCAGAUAAAAAAUAUGCAGAUUUAGAUGGUAAUCGACAACAAACUGUUGAGAGUUUGAGUCCCGUAACUGCAGCAAGUGUGCCAAGUCCUUCAAGUCCACCUGAAAGUCGCGAUAUUAUCGGAUCAAAAACUCUAGAUAUGCUCAAAGAAUCAACACAUUCCAAUAAAAAUACUGGGGAAUGCCAGGCCAUGAGUUUUUUAUCGAGAGAAAAUCCGUGUAGCUCAAAUUCUACGAAAAUUAAUGGAACUAUUUCUUCUGAAAAUUAUUCUAAAUAUUCUUCUAUUGGCAAUAACUACACUGACUCUUCAGCUUCAGAGAGUGAGGCAAAUGGUGAAAAACAUUUACUGUAUUCACAUAGUACAAAAAAUUUUAGACUAAACAAUAAUAAUAACCAUCAGUUUGAAAAAACUCUGAAAGAGUAUUCUAAUGAUGUAAUGAAUCAAAGUGUUCAAGAUAGUUAUACUAAACGUACAGAUUUAAUUUCUGUAUUGACUGAAAAAUCUGAUGUUGUAAUAAAGUUAGUCUUGAGUAAUCCUCAGUUAGCUACUAAGAUAUUUCAAGAUAAAGAUGUCAUUUCUAAAAUGAUAUCUGAUCCUGAAAUUGUAACAAUGCUAACAGGUGAUUCACAGAUUUCCAAACUAUUUGAAUUGUAUGAUAAUGAAGAUUGUUGUUUCACUUCUGUAGUGACUAAAAAAAUACCAGAUAAAAUAAUUGAGAAUACUUUAGAAUCCGAUGAAAAUUCAAUCAACAAUCCAAUAUUGAUAAAUUUAAUUACGAACGGCAAAUCUGUUGAACGUGAUAGUAAAAAUUAUGAGUCAACUGUAAAUAAUAGUGAUUGGAGUCGAGUUUCUGAUGAUGUUACGCGAGAUGUAGUUCAGGAUGUUCAACGAAUCCCUAUCGCUGUUAAUACUAUUGAAUCUAUUUUGUGUGAAGCUAUAAAAUUGGAAUUUUCAGCUUAUUCUGCAUUAAGCGGAAAUCAAAAUAGCAAAGAACUAAAUGACGCAGAAAGAGCUAAGCUGAAUGAAUUAAUUGUUGCUAAUAAAGCACUUCUUGCACCAUUGGAUGAUGAUAUUACUAAUUUAGUUGGUGAUGAAUGUAGAUUUAAGGAAAAUUCGGAGCAUUCGGAUCCCAUGCUUCUAGAUGUGAUAAAUUUGACAGCUAUUGCGAUUAGACGGCUAAUUAAAAUGUCAAAGAAAAUAAACGCAUUUAAAAAUAUGUGCCAGGAAGAUCAAUUAGCAUUGUUAAAAGGUGGUUGUACAGAAAUGUUAAUAUUGAGAUCAACCUUAACUUAUGACUCUGAUAAAGAUAUGUGGAAGAUACCUCAUAGUCAAGAAAGAAUGUCCAAAAUAAAAGUUGAUGUAUUAAAGGAAGCAAAAGGAAAUCUUUAUUCAGAGCAUGCAAGAUUUGUCAAAACUUUCGAUCCACGCUGGCGUGACGAAAAUAUAAUUUUAAUAUUAAGUGCCAUUGCCUUGUUUACACCAGAAAGACCUCGAGUAGUUCACAGUGACGUUAUUAAAUUAGAGCAGAACUCGUACUAUUAUUUGUUAAGACGAUAUCUAGAAAGCAUUUAUCCGGGUUGUGAAGCCAGAUCUACGUUUCUAAAGCUUAUCCAAAAAAUAUCUGAACUGCAUCGGCUUAAUAAUGAAGUUGUGGGUGUUUAUUUAAAUGUGAAUCCGUCAAGUGUUGAACCUUUGUUAAUAGAAAUAUUUGAUUUGAAGCACUAACACCUGACAGCUUUUUUUGUAUCUAUACACCAAGUUAAAAAACUAAAUCGAUUAGUAUUUAAGAUUGUAUCUAGUUAGAUAAAUCAAAGUUAUUUAUUUAGAGAUAGGUCAGAUCAAAAUUAAAAGUGCAGAUAAUAAAAUAAUAGUAAAAUAAUAGAUGUAGCUGAAUAAUAACGAAUGUUAUUCAUAUAUCAAGUGCAUAAUAUUUUUUUAAUAUGUUUAUUGCAUUAUUAUUAAUAUUAAAAUCAUGACGGAUGAAUAUGGUUAUUUAGAAACCAUGUAGUCUCUAUAUUAUUAUUUCAUUUUACUAUUAGUACAAUUAAAUUGAAUAAAUCGUUAAUGUUUAGAUUUUUAAUGUCUUGUGAUUCAGAAGUGAUUUUUUUAUUUCAUUGUAAAUAAUUUACUUGCAAAAAGUAUAAGUUACCAGCAAUAAAAU